CGCCUAGCGAAACUGCUUCCUGCAGGAGGAGAGGGAAACAUCAACUGGUUUGACCUUGACCCGGCCACGCUGCUCGAUGACCUUACGUGGGAGGUCCAGGUCUUCCAGCCGAAAUGUGUCAACCCGGACUAUCCCGAUCUACACUUUGAGGGAAUCCUGAUUCUACCGAAGCCAUCUGAGACAGAGAAGGAGGGGAGCAAGGCGGGAGAAGCUGGGAAACCUCCUCUCAUUAUCUUUCCUCAUGGUGGCCCUCACAGCGUACACCUCGCCGGCUGGAACCUCUACGUCGCCGGGUUCGCUAGACUCGGAUUCGCCAUGAUGCUCGUGAACUACCGCGGUUCCACCGGGUUCGGGGACGACGGAAUCUUCUCCCUGCUGGGGAACUGUGGCAAGCAGGAUGUGGCAGACUGUCAGCAAUGUGCGGACGAGCUGGUGGCAUCGGGCGUUGUCGACGGCAACCGCGUCGUCUGCUUCGGCGGGUCAUACGGCGGAUUUCUUGUUGCUCAUCUCAUCGGACGCUACCCUGAUUUCUACAAGGCUGCCGAAUGCAGGAACCCUGUCACCAACAUUGCUACUAAGUUGGGAGGCUCCGACAUUCCGGAUUGGAGUUACGUGGAAGGAGGUUUGGGAGCGUUCCACUUCGGACGCGUUCCGACCCCGGCCGACCUUGAAAAGAUGCUGAACGAUUCGCCAAUAGUGCUAGCUGACAAGAUGAAGACUCCGCUGCUGCUGAUGAUAGGGGGCGCUGAUAAGAUGGUGCCGCCGCAGCAGGGACACGAACUACAAAGCACUGAAGGCGAGACACGUGCCCGUCAAGAUGUACGUUGCCGACGACGACCACGCCCUCUCCAAGGUCGACCUGGAGGCGGACCGGUUUGUGCAAACCAGCCUCUGGUUCCUGCUGUACACAGAGUCCUCCGCCGCCGCCGCCGCCGUCACCGCUCCGGCGGCCGAUUAGACAGCAAUCUUCGCGCUGCGGCCAUGUUUGAUUCGUCUUAUGCGCGCGCGUAUCUUUGCACGGUGGCCAUGUUUGAUUCGUCUUAUGCGCGCGCGUAUCUUCGCAUGGCGGCCAUGUUUGAUUCGUCUUAUGCGCGCGCGUAUCUUCGCACGGCGGCCAUUUUUUAUUUGUCGUUUGCGCGCACGUGGUUUUGCGGUGGUGUCUUCCCCGGUGAUUGUGGGUCGCAACGUCAUUCUUAAUUAUGCGUGAUUAUACGUAUUUAUGUGAUCAGUGAUAUACGCGCACGCGUUCCACGUCGAUGAAACAUCAGAGCCGUUGCCGCAUCAUUCAUAAGUUGUGUCGGAAUGCGGAGAGAGAUAUCGUCGUGGCGACGCCUGAGGUACGGCGCUCGAUAUCGCGACUCUGUAUUUUUCUAUAAUUAUGAAGAUUCGUUUGAAUUCUGUAAAGAAAUUAUGUAAUAAAUCACUGUAAUAAUAACUAUGUA